AUGCUUAAACCUCCAGUGCUCGAUGGAGAAAUAAAAUUAUAUGAUGAGUCAUCAUUUAUCGUCCCAGAGGUAGAUAAAAGCAAAGAAGAAAAGGAAGACCUAAGCGAAAUGCUAAGAAAUGAAUACAAUAUAACAGAAUCUCUAGUUAGCAGAGACUAUAUAAGCCACUUGGUUUCUCAGCAGCAAAAGAGCACUCAAAAUUCAGAGACAAAAAACCUUAUCAAAAUACUCAAUAAAAUCACAGAAGAAAAUAGCAAAAAAGAGGUUCAAUUACGAAACCUAUCAGGUUUAGUCUCAGAAUUAAGUAAAAAGAAAGAAGAAGAGCUAAGCGCGGAUUACUAUUUAGAAAAAAUUGAAAAAAUUAAAACUAAUAUAUAAAUAUUUGCCUUAAAUAGUCCUUUUAUAGUUUUUUUAAACUAUAAAUAUAAUGAAAUUCUGCAUUUUAGUCUAUUUCAGGCAAAACCCUAUAAUAAGAACAGAUGAGGAAUGUGAGGAAGAAGAAUUUGAGACUGAAAGGUUAAAAGCGAAACUGGUGAUAAAAACAAAAGAAAUGACUGAUAACAAAAAAUUGUCACUUGAAGCUGCAGAAGCUUUAAAGAGACUUAUCGUUAAAUUCGACGAUAUAAAAAAUACACGAUUUGUAGCUCAACUCGAUUUCGCAAGUGCUAAAGGUGAAGUACUUCAAUGCAAAAAAGAUGGUGAAAAUAUGAAGGUUUCAUAUCAAAGGGCCUAUGACUUGAUGCUAACGCCUACUUACCCAAGUAAAAUCAUUAAAAAAAUCCCUAUUUUUUGUAAAAAAAAACUCAGUCUCUGUGCUUAUAGUGGUAACUAUUAUAAUAAAAAUCCUAUUGAUUUUUAACAGCUUGAAUUUUAAUUAUAAAUUUUAAAAUUAUCAAUUAUUGGAAUUGGAAUAUUUUAAAAAAAUAAAUUAACUUCUUCCAUGAGUGAGUGAGUAAGAAAAAAAGAAAAAAUCGAGCAGAAUUACCAAAAUUUAAUUGAACAAAUCUCAUUUAACAGAAUGAAAAAUAGAGUUAAAUAUGAAGAAAAAGCAAAUUUACUGCAAAAGCUAGAAAAUGGAGAAAAAGAAAGAAAAGACUUGAAAAAAGUAACAAAAAUAAAUCAAAAAAAUUUGAAGACAUAUGGUGAGAAAUUCCGAGCCAUAAAAGAAAUUUUAUCUAAAGAAGGUUUUCAAUUUGAAUCUAUAAAUGAAAUUAGUGAAGAUGAUGCACUGAAAAUCAUUGAAGGGUUUGCAGAUUUAAAAUCUCGUGAGCUCUCAUUAUCAACUAUGUUUACAGAAAUGGCGAGCCAGCACAUAAUUAAUGAAACUUUACGCCAAGAAUUGAAAAGCGAGCUAUACUUAUUGAAGCAAGAAGUUGCAAAAAAAGAGCUCCUUAAUAACCCGUUAAGCUAUGAAGAAAUGAGAGAGUCUUUAAAUUGUCCCUCAGUAGAUGCUGGAUGUAAAGAUGCAUCCAACGCAGACAAUAUGAUAAUGAAAAUUUAUCAUCACGUUAUCGAAGAUUUAAGCAAAGUCUUAAAAGUCAUGGGAUUGAUCACCAAAUAUGGGCCAGAUAUCAGUAUAAAUGUUAAAGAAAUUUAUGAGCAUAUUUCAAUAGAGCUGCCAAGUCUAAAAAAAGGCCCUGUAAAGCGAGCUGUAAUUCAGCAUCAGAAAACCCAAAGUCCUAGUAAUAAGCCUUCUUCAAGGGUAAGCUCUCGCCAGUCUCAUAGAAGUUUAGUAUCGACCCCAAACUCUCGUAGAAGCCAAAAAUCAAGCACAAGUUCUCACAGCCGCAAUAGUCUAAAAACUUCAAAUUCUCGCCGAGCCACGAAAUCAAAUACAGCACUCCCAAAAGAAGAAGAAAAAAUUGAAAACUUUGACCAAUUCGCCGCUUAUUUGCCUCUUACUAACUUCGAAAUUGAAGAAGUUUACUUUAAAUUUUUCCCAUCCCAAAAAGAAAACUGCAAAAAAUUCAUUGCAUUUGUAAAUUCCAUCCCAAUUAUAAGGCAUGUAUUAAGUGAAGAAAGCCUAGUAAAUUAUUUACAAAAAUUAAAGUAUGAAAGAGGUAAUGAAGACCCUGAAAAAGACAUCUUUAUCUUGCUUGAAGAAAUGCACGAUAUUUUCAAAAAACAAGCUUUUUCCCUUUUUUCAAUUUUCAAAAAAUUUUUUACUGUAAUUGAGAGGUCAACUGACAUGCUGGUGAGAGAAGUCACGUAUUUUUAUAAACAAAAUUACCCUAAAAAGAUUAAUUCUUUUUAUGAAGACCUUAAAAUUAACUUGCCUGGAGGAAUGUAUAAAGAACCGAGAUUCAGCAGACAAACCCAAGGCCAAAUGAAGCUUAAGUUUGUGAAUCCAGAGGAAAAUGAUAGGACUCCAAAAUUUAAGGUGAUAGAGAGGGAAUAUGUAGUUCCUCAGCCAAAUAAGCAUGAGGAUUCUGCUGAUCCGAAAAAAAAUCCAGAGAUCAAGGCAAAAGGAAAUAUUAGGAGCUUAUCAGGUGGGCUUCCACUUUCUCCAUGCUCAAUUCAGCGUGAAGAAAUUUUUAAGGAAGUCAGAAAUAUAGAUAAAAAAUUGGCAAAUUUGAAGCUUCAUCAUCAAAGGAGCCCAACAAAUUUGCUAAAACCUACUUCACCAAUUGGAAGUGACCAGCUGUUUAUGAAGAAAAUCUCGAGAAUUUCAAGGAAAUCUAAACAAAGUGCUCCACAAACCCCACAAGCCUCUCAGAGUCCUCAAACCAGGGACUCUUACAAUCAGACUUAGUUAGAUUAUAGAAAAGCUCCCUGUCGGGAUUUGAAGAUCCUUAUCCCUUCCACAGCACUCCACUUGUCUAUGAAGCAGACAAAGGUCUAACGACCUUCAAAGCCUUGCUCCUACCAGAAGUGGGUCUGCACAUGCUCCAUGGUAGUCAGAAAGUUUGGGUAACCGUGCCGCACGCCAAUGGGGUUUGGUUUCUAGAAAAUUCGAAAAAUAAAUUUUCUGGUCACCUGCUGGCCAAGAUGAAAAUUCGUAGUCUAGGACGCAACUCCUGGUAUCGCGCUGGAGAAUGUUUCCGAUCGACCAGGAGGACCUCAUUGGUAUAGCUAGGAAACUCCUUACCAACUCCGAAUUCAAUCCUCCUCCGAGGUAAACCUUGACAUGAAUGUGAGUCUGCGGUCCACCAACUGGACAUUGCGCUCCACCAAAUCAAGUAAAACCUGGCCUGAUGCACAUUACAGAUCGCCAUGAUCUCUUCCACAAGGUCCCUGGGGUUCCCCAGCUACAGGUUUUAGGAGGUUGGGUUGGCUUUCAUCACCAUUUUAUGUAUAUCCUCAGACCAGAGACUCAAAGCAUUCUCAAUUUAAAUCUGCUCGAAGCUCUCCAAUAAAUUCUUCAGCAACAACAGCUUUUACAGUGAAUGUUUCUUCUAUAAUUAUAUAA